UCUUGCUGAUCUUUACAAAGUUGACCGGAAUAUGACAUCUACUCCAUAAUAGGAACAGACCUUUGCGUCAACAAAUUGCUGCCAUGAGGCAAUCCUUCUUUGAUGAGGAAAUUUUGGACAGACAGUUCAUUCAACUGGAGAAGCUAGAGGAUCGAGAGAACCCCAACUUUGUCGAGGAGGUGCUUACCUUGUACUUCAGGGACUCCACUACGCUGCUAGCUACGAUUGAGCGAGAAAUGGAAAAUGUCCCUAUUGACUUCCCAAAGGUAGACAGGAUCCUUCAUCAGCUCAAGGGCAGCAGUGCCAGUAUCGGUGCUAACAAAGUUCGAAAUGAGAUCACCAAGACAAGGGAGCUUUGGCAGCAAGGAAACCGGGAAGGGGCAAAGGCCACCUUCCAGGAGGCACGGAAGGAGCAUGACACUCUCAAAGCAAAGCUCGAGCCGUACUUUCAGCAACUGAGGCAAGCUGGCCCUGCUGAGACAGCAAUGCGUCCCAGGUGAAGCCAUCACGCUAAAGCUGGAGAGUGGAGUGGAGGCAGAAGCUGCUAUUUGAUGGCCCUAGCCCCAGCAAAUCCACCUUUUAAAUGGUCUGGCUCUGGCUAUUAGAACAAAAAUAAAAACUAGGGAUAUCUUUCUUUCUUCUAUGUUUGUUAGUGUCCUUAAUCAGUUUGUUUAGCUAUAUCUUUGAGUUCUUUGUUUCUGGGUUUUGAGGCAAUCUACAGUUCCUCGAAUGGCUUGUCUCUUUCAUUUCUGUGUACCUUUCUAUCAUGUAAUAAGGGUUUGCUUUUGUUACUGUUACUAAUAUAUAUAUAUAUAUAUACUAAUAGUAGCGUAUAUU